AGCGGCGGGCGGGGGCGCGGACGAGGGCGCGAGCACGAGCACGAGCACGAGCAGACAGACACAUGCGCGCGCCACCGCCGCCGCAGCCCUCGGCUUCCCGGGCUGGAAACCUUCGAGACUGAGCGGCUGCCUCUAGGUCUGCGCUGCCCGCCGCCCCUCCCGCCGUCCCGCGGCUUGCGAGGGAGCACAACGGAGACUCGGGGCAGCCGGGGAAACCUGUGACCCCCCGCGCAGGAGCGGGGCGGGGGACCGGGAGAAGAUGGCGACGCCGGGAAGCGAACCCCAAGCUUUCACGCCCGCCCUCUCGGUAACCACCCUGCACCCGCAUCUCCACCAGCACCACCAGCACCACGGAAGCACCGGAGGCGCGGGCUUCAACCUGCCCUUGAACCGUGGGCUGGAGCGCGCGCUGGAGGAGGCGGCCAAUUCUGGGGGCUUGAACCUGAGCGCAAGGAAGCUGAAGGAGUUUCCCCGGACGGCAGCCCCGGGGCACGACCUCUCGGACACGGUUCAAGCAGAUCUGUCUAAAAACCGGCUGGUGGAAGUGCCGAUGGAACUGUGCCAUUUCGUAUCACUGGAAAUUCUUAACCUGUAUCACAACUGCAUCCGGGUCAUUCCUGAGGCCAUUGUUAAUUUGCAGAUGCUUACCUACUUAAACCUGAGCCGAAAUCAGCUGUCUGCCCUGCCCGCCUGCCUGUGUGGUCUGCCUCUCAAAGUCUUAAUCGCAAGUAACAACAAGCUGGGAUCACUGCCUGAAGAGAUAGGUCAGCUCAAACAGUUAAUGGAGUUGGAUGUCAGCUGCAACGAGAUCACCACCUUGCCCCAGCAGAUAGGCCAGCUGAAGUCUCUACGAGAGCUGAACGUCCGAAGAAACUACCUUAAGGUUUUACCACCAGAACUCGUAGAUCUCCCCUUGGUAAAGUUUGACUUUUCCUGCAACAAAGUUCUGGUGAUCCCCAUCUGCUUUAGAGAGAUGAAGCAGUUACAAGUGCUCCUGCUGGAGAACAACCCUCUGCAGUCCCCUCCGGCUCAGAUUUGCACAAAAGGCAAAGUGCACAUAUUUAAGUAUCUGAGUAUACAAGCAUGCCAGAUUAAGACCACUGACCCCCUCUACCUCCACGCCAUGGAGAGGCCUCAUUUACACCAGCAUGUAGAAGACAGUAAGAAGGAUUCUGAUUCGGGAGUUGGAAGUGACAAUGGAGAUAAGCGGUUGUCUGCCACCGAGCCCUCUGAUGAGGACACAGUUAGCCUCAAUGUUCCCAUGUCAAACAUCAUGGAGGAAGACCAGACCAUCAAGGAGGAUGCAUGCCAUCGUCUGACCCCAGCUAAAGGUGAAUUUCAGCCAAAGCCUUCCCUUUUGGGUGCCAGCAACAGCUCAGGACAAGAAAGAGACCAGUUUGCUGAUGGAGCAGAUGCUCUCCACUCGGGAUUUAUGAACUAUAUUAAGGACCAGGCAGAAGACUGUGAAGAGCUUUUGCGGAUAGAAGAGGAUGCUCACUGGCCGAUGGAGGGACUACUAGGUUCAUCCAAAGAUCAGGAUUUGGAUAUAUCGAUGAUUGAGCAGCUGAGGGAAGCAGAGGAUUUGCUUCAGGAUCCCAACGGCCUGAGCACCGACAUUACAGAGAGAAGCAUUUUGAACCUGUACCCCGUGGGCUCAGCAGAAGCCUUAGAAUUACCUGACUCUACGCUCAAUGGUCAGCCGCAGUUGGAGACGUCUCCAGAGUGUGAGGUGCAGAAUGACCUAAUGCUACAGAGUAAUGGGAGCCAGUAUUCUCCAAAUGAGAUGAGAGAGAACUCCCCUUCAAUGUCUCCAACUGCAAACGUCCCAGCUCCGUUUGGCCUGAAGCCUCGCUCGGACCCAGCCCUCAUUCUUCCUAUCUCCUUCAACAAACUUACACAGGCACAAACAUGGGACAGCUCUAGCUACAGUGUUCCCUCUGAAGGAGACAGUGACAAUGUGUUUCUAAGACCUCAGAGAAAUUUGGAGUCUAUAGACCCGCAGUUUACGAUUCGGAGGAAAAUGGAGCAGUUGAGAGAAGAGAAGGAGCUGGUGGAGCAGCUCCGAGAGAGCAUCGAAAUGAGGUUGAAAGUGACCCUGCACGAAGACCUAGGGGCAGCACUCAUGGACGGUGUCGUGCUCUGCCACCUGGCCAACCACAUCCGCCCGCGGUCUGUCGCCAGCAUCCAUGUCCCCUCACCUGCGGUUCCCAAACUCAGCAUGGCCAAGUGCAGGAGGAAUGUGGAAAACUUCUUGGAAGCAUGCAGAAAACUUGGCGUUCCCGAGGAAAAGCUCUGUCUGCCUCAUCACAUCCUUGAAGAGAAAGGCCUGGUCAAAGUGGGCAUGACUGUUCAAGCGCUGUUGGACGUCACCGUCACAAAAGCUCUGUUCACAUGAGACCAAGCCCUCUCCCCUGGGUGGGCUCAGACUCUACCCAGAGCAGGGACUCCCGACUCUGCUCCUGGCACCUGCACCGACUCCCCCACUCACCACCUGCCAGUUCCCUGACAAGCUACUACGUUGACAGGGUUUCAGCCUAUGGGAGGAUUCAGGACCUUUUAGAGUUGGCCUCCAGGGUUCAGGUUGGACGGGUAUUAUCUGACAGCCAGUGAGGGAGCUGGCAGAGAAUUGAGUAGCACAUCAUUGCCUUUUCAGCCUCCUUCAUCCCUUCCACACUCACCGACUGCCAUUACCAAAUGCCAAGCACAAGCUGUUUCACAGUGAGUCGCGUCCGUCUUGUCAAAACCAAACUCCUUGCAGAAUCAGUGGGGGGAGGGGGAAUGCAAUCAGGUUUUUUUGCCACCAAAUUUUUUCAAGAUGUUUCUUGAGACCAUUGCCUUUUUUGAGAAACUAUUUUCAACAUACAAAAUAUUUAUAUAAAUAUUAUUUAUUAGUGAGUCGUUAUUCAUCCUUUGGAUGCAAAUUGUAAAUUAGGAAACUAUUUUAUUACUGCUUUUUUGUGGUUAAACAAUUUAUUUUAAUAUUAUAAAUACUGAGUUAUUUUCGAGCCUCUUGGGCAUGUAGGAGUUCCAGGUCUCAGUGUUCCUAUUUCCUGGUGUAUAUGAUUCAGAAAAAAAAAAAAUUAAACAAGAAACACGUGCUUCUGUGACAGAGAGCUGUUUUCUGGGCAGGUGAUAUCCACCUUUUGAUUUGCGGAACAUCGUUCUUAUUUAUAUUUCUGCAUUCCAUCCAGUUUCCUACAUUCCAGCAGCCCUCUUGUCCCAUAUGAUAACGAACUGACUGAAAUCAAGAGAGCACCCCAAAGUUACUUGUAAAUAGCUAUGUGGGAAAAAAAGACAUAUUAAACUUGAAGAUGAAAUGUGAACAGGUUUUUUUUUUUAUUCAUGUUUCUUUUGCUAUGCACAAAACAUUCACAUUUUAACACAGAGAAGUGGGAAGUGUUCAGUAUAUAUCUUGAAGUAUAAUUUUGCACUGUAUUUUGGGUAAUUGAGGAGCAUCUAGCACCAAAGGUAGAUGUUGAAGAAAUGAAUGAGAAAAUGGAGAUGAUGGAAGGUGACUGUCUAAAAGGGUUAUAGACCUUGAUUCAGGACACCAGCACUUGUUACGACUGCCGGUAUUCAAAGAGCGAGAGAUUCUGAAAUGUAGACAUGUUUGUCUUUAUUGUAAUCGAGCUGGUGCUUUUUAAAGAGUCCAGACUUGGAAGCUUCAUAGUGUCUGGUAUGAAACUUGGGAAGUGAGUGGGUCAUGGGGCAGACUGAGUGAAGGUCAAGUAGGUGGAGUAUGUGAGCGGCCAGGGUGGGAGCAAAGACAAGCACACUAGCACUAGAAAGGAGCCAGCCCAGGAGAGGAGCCCGUCCCAUCCAUUGGUGGGAGAGCUUCGCCAAAGGCUUCACAGGACUAUGCCAGGCAGUCACACCCAUGCACACUCAUACUGUCGGUAUGGAUGGAUACCCCAGUCAUUCAUCUGUCAAAAGCCUGUGAAUACUGACUGCACUUUCACCUCUGUACAAAGCCAUUGGCAGUUUCUAGAGCAACAGUAGCCACAGUGGGGGACCCGUCAAGGUAGAUACAAAAGACUGUAGGAUGAAUGAGUGCAUUCAACAGAGACUGACCCUCCACCAGGAAGGAUGGAGGGGAUCUGAACAUGGGGAUUCAGACAGGCAGCUAGUAAGUAACUUCCUAUCAAAUGUACUGUGCACUUUAACAUAAAUAUAUUUUACUACUUUUCUGUACUGCACAAAUACCUGUUUUGUCAAAUGGCAUAACAAUGUAAAGAUGAGAGGAUUUUUAACAGAGUGUACUCAACUGGAGCAGCAUUCGGAGCUGAUCUACACAAGGGUUUAGAAGGCCGCACCUUCAUGGCAUUGCAGCGCGGCAUCCUGAAAUAUAUUUUUACAUGUAUCUCUGACAACAUGAAGCUCCAUAACCAUUACUUUCGGAUUUUUUUUUUCAAAAUUAAAAGAUUUCUUUUGAUAUUAAUUUCCACAAUUUCCUUGAAAUUGGCUGUAUCAUACAAAUGGCUUCAGUAUUUUGUAAAAUGUUUUUUUAAUGCAGUUCUUGUAUGGAUAAGAUGUCUUCAAGAUCCUUGUACACUGUUUAUAUGUACAAUGAAAUGUGCAUGGCUGGCUGAUCGUAUGAUAAGUAGACAGAAUGUAUAUAGUGCAAACUUUUUAUUAUUUAACAGCCAUUAAAAUUUUGAACUUAUACCAAC